AUGGCUUCGCAAGAUAUUCGCACAAGCUCGCUCAAGAAGCCUAUCACCAUUACCGAAUACCUCUUUGCUCGUCUGAAGCAAUGCGGUGUCAGCUCUGUUCACGGUCUUCCUGGUGAUUACAACCUUGUCGCCCUUGACUACCUGGAGAAGGCUGGCCUCAAGUGGGUCGGUAACUGCAACGAGCUCAACGCUGGCUACGCUUCGGACGGCUACGCCAGAAUCAAAGGCUUGUCUGCACUUAUUACGACAUUCGGUGUAGGCGAAUUGUCCGCUAUCAAUGCCAUCGCUGGCGCCUACUCGGAAUAUGUUCCCAUUGUUCACAUCGUCGGUACACCUGCAACGUCAGCACAGAAGGAUGGACUCUUGCUCCACCACACUCUCGGCAAUGGCAACUACGAUGUCUUCGUUGACAUGUUCCGUUCCGUCUCUUGUGCUGUCGCCAACAUCAAGGAUCUCAAUACUGCCGCUGCCGAGAUCGACCACGUCAUUCGCGAAUGUUACAUCCAAUCACGCCCCGUAUACAUCGGUCUACCUUGUGACAUUGUCGAGGACAAGGUCGAGGGCGAGAGACUCGAUCAGCCCAUCGACCUGUCAUACCCUCCCAACCCAGAAGAGCAGGAAGAUUACGUUGUCGACGUUGUUCUGAAGUACCUGCACGCAGCAAAGAACCCUGUCAUUCUGGUCGAUGGUUGUGCCAUCCGUCACCGUGCUCAGAAGGAGACUCACGACUUGGUGGUCAAGUCUGGCCUGCCCACGUUCGUCGCUCCUUUGGGUAAGGGUUGUAUCGAUGAGACUCUGCCCAACUACGGCGGUGUUUACGCCGGAGACGGCUCCAACGAAGGUGUCCGCGACCGUGUGGAGAGCUCCGACCUGGUUCUCAGCAUUGGCGCCAUCAAGUCCGAUUUCAACACGGCAGGCUUCACGUUCCGCCAGAGUCAAUUGACCACCAUUGACUUCCACUCCAACUUCAUCCAGGUCCGCUACUCACAAUACCCCGGCGUCCGCAUGAAUGGCGUCCUCCGUAAGGUCGUCGACAAGAUGGGCAAGCUGAACGUUGAGGCUGGUCCCAAGCCUACCAACCGCACAAGUAGCCAAGACAACAGCCAGACCAUCACACACAAGUACUUUUGGCCUCGUCUUGGCCAAUGGCUGCGUGAGGAGGAUAUUGUCCUUACCGAGACGGGCACCAGUAACUUCGGAAUUUUCGAAACUCGCUUCCCUGCCAAGGUUCAACUCAUCUCUCAGGUCUUGUGGGGAUCGAUUGGAUAUGCUACUGGCUCCGCUCAGGGUGCUGCUCUUGCUGCUAAGGAGCUCGAGGAGGAGAAGGGUGAAAAGCAUCGUACUAUCUUGCUCACUGGUGAGGGUUCCUUUCAGUUGACCGCUCAGGAGGUCUCGACCAUGAUUCGCCGCAAGUUGAAGCCUAUCAUCUUCCUCAUCGUGAACGACGGUUACACCAUCGAGCGCAUGAUCCACGGUAUGAACGCCGAGUACAACGACGUUCAGGAGUGGAAGUGGAAGGAUCUCGUUCCCGCAUUUGGAGCCAAGGAGGGCGAGUACAAGACCUACACUAUCAAGUCACGCGAGGAGCUUGACCAACUUAUGGCCGACGACAACUUCAACUCUGCCCCAUACCUGCAGUUCGUCGAGAUGUACAUGCCCAAGGAGGAUGCUCCCGAGGCACUCAAGCUCACUGCUUCAGCAGCCGAGCGCAGAAACGCAAAGGUUCAGGCCUAG